AUGGACGGUAAUGUUACUGACAUUGACAGCAGCAACGAUUUCAAUAAAAAAUCAAUCAGUUUAAAAAAAUUUAAUGACUCUGUAAAGAAACAUGAAGAAUUAUUGCGAACAAGUAAAGACGUCUUACACAAAUUAAACGAAAUUCGACGAAACAAAGCACUUGAAAUGAAGAAGUACGAAACAGUGGUACGUAUGGAUGCACUGAGUGUUAGUGGCUACCUGCAACAACAGCAUCUAAAAUUGCAAGAAUUAAUAAGAACUGACGAAAGUUUCAAUAAGUAUAAUGAAGAAAGAAUGCAGCAAGCUGCAAUUACCAUUCAACGAUUUUUCCGAAAAAUAAUUUACCGAAAGCAAAUCCUUCGAACACUUUGCACCUGGAAAUGGGUAGCGGUUGAGAAACGAAUAAAAUAUAUUGAAAUUAUAGCAGAACGAAUGUCCUCGAACGCUACAGUACCAAGAAGAAUUGAUCUCUCGAUUAUAAAAAAUAAGGUUAACACAUUUAUAUUUCAUAAUGACUCGUUAGCAUCACAGUGA